CUACUGCUUACCACCAUCUCCUCUCCCUAUCUCUCACUCAAAGUUUAUGAACAUGUUUGGAGGAGAUGACCCGUUCGACGGCCAUGGAGCUGCCGGUUUGUUUGCUCAGCUCGCACAAGGAUUUCCGGGUGGCUUUGGUCCUAAUAGGCGAUCGGCACGAUCGUACGACGAAUAUAUGAAAGCAUACAGUGUAGCUUUGUUACCUGGAAAUGAGCGUACGAAUUUGAGUUAUGGAGGGAAGAUUAUCAUGCCACCUUCUGCACUUGCGAACUUGACAAAUUUAGACCUUGAGUCGCCCUGGAUGUUCAAGCUUAGCAAUCCUGCUAACCCUGCUGCCUCGACGCACGCAGGUGUGUUGGAGUUCAUCGCUGAGGAAGGAUGUGUCCACCUACCAUAUUGGAUGAUGAAGACUCUCAACCUGAACGAAGGAGACCCGAUUCGCAUAACUGGGGCUGAGCUACCGAAGGGUCAAUUCGUCAAGUUACAACCGCAAGCUGUACAUUUCUUGGAGAUCUCGGACCCAAAGGCAGUACUAGAACAUGCAUUACGAAAUUUCUCUGCAUUAACACAAGGCGAUAUCAUCGCGAUCAGCUACAAUUCCAUUGUCUUUGACUUCUUAGUAAUGGAGUCACAACCAGGUGGCGAAGGCAUAAACAUUAUCGACACAGAUCUUGAAGUGGACUUUGCGCCUCCGGUGGGGUACAAGGAGCCUGAACGACCCAAGGCUGCGCCACCACCUACAAUGGCGUCGAAGCUCAAGAUUGAUUUGGGUGAAUCGUCACCAGGGUCGUCGAGGCCACCGUCUUCAUUGUCUGGCGCCUUCGCUGGAACGUCGACGGGUGAGACGACUCUGUCAAAGGGCGGUGAGGUUUGGGAAAGCUUUAAAGGAAAGGGUGAGACGUUGAAUGGGAGGAAAACGAAGGGACGAGGUAUUAGCCAGAGAGGCAUUGAGAACUUGCAGGAGGGGAGCAAAGUCUUUCGAACUGACAAGCGAAGAAUCGUAACGAACGACACGUUAGAUACGGAUACGUACACACCAGCAGCUUUAAACCUCCCACACGGAAAACUCUUCUUCGGGUUCAAGCAUAUACCGUAUAACGUCCCGGAUGACCACACGGUCGUCAACGGUUCAGGACCUUCAACUUCCACCUCAAUAGGAGGUGAGACGUCAAGUUUCUCAGGAAGUGGAAAUACACUAUCAGGACGUACACUCGGUAACUCUUCCACUCCCUCGGCCAACGCAAAAGGCAAGGGGAAAGAAAAAGAAGAGGAAGACGAGAGAUCUUCAGACCAAAAUCAACAACCCAACUUAAAUAAUACUCAUGGAUGGGGAAGAGGCCAGACGCUCAGCUCCGCCGCGUCACGACGAUUGGCAGAUGACGGACCUGUUGGUGCUGGAGGUGCGCGUGUACCGAGGCCUUCUGCGAGGAGUGUGAAUAAGCAGGUUGUGGAGAGGGAGCCUAGUCCUGAGAUGGAUUGGGGAGUUGAUUCGGAUGAGGAGCCGAUUUAUGUUGAUAGUGAUUAGACUCCAGUUCUUCCAGUGAGUGGGGAUGGUGUACUUUUUGUGGCGUGUACAGAUGAAUGAAUGAAGAUGACUC